AUGAACCCUCCGUUGCCACCCCCGCCCCUGGAGAGUGGUCUCAGGCCUCAGUUUCCCCAGCGGCCCCCGGGAGGAUUGAGCCCCCGACGUCCCGUCUUCAGUGCGCAGGCGCGGGCCUCAGUUUACCUGCGCGCACUUGCGGGCCGAGCCCCCCGCCCGCCCUCCGGCGGCGGCCAAUGGCAGCGGCGCCCCCCGGAUUGGGGCGGGGCCGCAUCACGUGUCGGGAAGAAAGAACUAGCGGGGCGCGGGGCUGGAGCGGCCAUGGCAGCUCCGGAGCCGCUGUCCCCGGCGGGCGGCGCGGGCGAGGAGGCGCCGGAUGAGGACGAGGAUGAGGCGGAGGCCGAGGACCCCGAGCGGCCGGCGGGAGCGAGCGGGACGCGCAGCGGCGGCGGCGGGGCCGGAGCCGGGGGCGGCGGCGGGCCGGGGGGCGCGCUCCCCAGGCGCGCGGUCACGCUGCGGGUGCUCCUCAAAGACGCGCAGCUGGAGCCCGGCGCCGGGGUGCUGUCCAUCUACUACCUGGGGAAGAAGUUCAUGGGGGACCUGCAGCCGGACGGGAGAAUCGUGUGGCAGGAAACGGGGCAGGUGUUCAACUCACCCAGCGCCUGGGCCACCCACUGCAAGAAGCUGGUGAACCCGGCCAAGAAGUCGGGCUGUGGCUGGGCCUCCGUCAAGUACAAGGGCCAGAAACUGGACAAGUACAAGGCUGCCUGGCUCAGGCGACACCAGCUCCACGUGCCUGCAGCUGUCGCCGAUGAGAGCCCAGCCAGUGAAGGGGAGGAGGAGGAGCUGCUGAUGGAGGAAGAGGAGGAGGAGGUUCUGGCAGGGGUCUCAGCAGAGGACAAAAGUCGAAGACCACCUGCAAAGGGCCUCUCAGAGCCUGCCCAUCCUGAGGCCACGCCCCUGGGGAAGCGAGUGGAAAACAAGAUCCGGGUGCCAGUGCGGUACUGCAUGUUGGGCAGUCGCGACUCUGCCAGGAACCCCCAUACCCUGGUGGAAGUAACAUCCUUCACAGCCAUCAACAAGUUCCAGCCAUUCAACGUGGCCAUCUCCAGCAACGUGCUGUUCCUGCUGGACUUCCACAGCCACCUAACUCGCAGCGAGGUCGUGGGGUACCUGGGGGGCCGCUGGGACAUCAACAGCCAGAUGCUCACGGUGCUGAGAGCCUUUCCCUGUCGCAGCCGGCUGGGGGACGUGGAUACCGGGGCCACCGUAGAGGAGGAGAUCUACCAGAGCCUGCUUCUACGCGGCCUGUCCCUGGUGGGCUGGUACCACAGCCACCCACACAGCCCGGCGCUGCCAUCGCUGCAGGACAUUGACACGCAGAUGGACUACCAGCUGCGGCUGCAGGGCUCCAGCAAUGGCUUCCAGCCCUGCCUCGCCCUGCUCUGCUCCCCUUACUACUCUGGCAACCAGGGUCCAGAGUCCAAGAUCUCCCCGUUCUGGGUGAUGCCACCCCCUGAGCAAAGGCCCAGUGACUACGGUAUCCCCAUGGACGUGGAGAUGGCUUACGUCCAGGACAGCUUCCUGACUAACGACGUCCUCCAUGAGAUGAUGCUGCUGGUGGAGUUCUACAAGGGCGCCCCGGACCUGGUGAGGUUCCAGGAAGCCUGGAACCAGGAGCACACCUACCUGGACAAGCUCAAGAUCUCCCUGGCCAGCAGGAUGCCCAAGGACCAGGGCCUGUGCCAUGUGCUGGAGCAGGUGUACAGCGUCCUUAAGCAAGGGAACUGA